AUGACCCUUCCCAUCGUCUUGGGUCUUAUUACCAUGGCGAAUGUGGAAUCCAACAACUGGCUGAUGAAUGCAACUGAACGUGCGAAACUCCGCAGACUUGAGCAGGAAAAAGCGAAGAGGAUUACGGAGAAAGGCACAAGAAGCAUCAAACUAGGAAAGGUCGUCAAAACUGCGCUCAGAGGACUCUCCGUCCUCCGCAUAAUCAUUGCUUCUGUUACGCCUGGCAGCAUUGCCCUUUAUUGGGUGACAUCUGCAACUUUCGGGUUGAUUCAAACAUAUGUUAUGGAUUGGAUGGAUAUCCGGCGAAAACGACUGCUAACAAUGCCAGUUCCGGUGUCAGACCAGCAUAACGAAGGGCACAGGGUGAAGCAACAACAUCAGCCAGCCCGGAAGCGUUCGUAA